AUGCCAUACCAGCGGCAACAGACUAAUCCUUCAGAGCGAGACGACGAUGCAUAUCCGUACCAGCAACUCGCUGUCUUGGCAUUAUGCCGCCUUGCCGAGCCCAUUGCCUUCUGCUCAAUCACAGCCUACACCUUCGUCAUGGUCGUCGACAUCAAAGGCGAAGAAAACGCCUCAUUCUACGCUGGCCUGUUAAUCUCUGCGUUCGCCAUGGCCGAAGCCUCUACAGCGAUGAUCUGGGGCCACAUCUCCGACCGCUAUGGGAGAAAACCCAUCGUGCUGCUGGGACUUGGCGGAGUGGCGCUGUCGAGUCUGAUUUUUGGGUUUGCAAAAAACUACUGGGUUGCUCUACUGGCGAGAGUCGUGGGUGGGCUCUUGAAUGGGAACGUGGCUGUCAUGCAGACUAUGGUGGCCGAGAUGGUGAAGAGACCGGAGCAUGAACCGACAGCAUACGCCGUUCAGCCCUUCGUGUGGAGUUUAGGGUCCAUUGCUGGCUCGGCUCUGGGAGGCUUUACCGCACAACCCGCCCGAUUCUAUCCACAUCUCUUCUCCCCUGAUGGAAUCUUCGGCGAGUAUCCUUACCUCUUGCCCAACCUGGUUGCGGUAGCAAUCAUUGUCAUCGCCAUCAUCCAGGGCUGUAUCUUCCUCGAAGAGACGAAUCCGGUGUCACGAUCAUCAGGCACACUAGGCACGGUCAACAAUGCCGACAUCGUCAAUGAGACAACACCCCUAUGGCCGGGGCAGAGGAGAGAAUCGGCGGUCAGUGCCUUUUCAGCAGGGCCCGGCGGGCUCACGUAUGUUGCGGAGUCCAUGCCCGUAGCUAUUGAUCCUACCUUCGACCUUCGGCGUCCGUCUCUGGCUUCUAUUGGCUCACUUAAGGCACUGGCGAAGGUCGGAUCACAAGUCGAAGCUGUCAUUGAAGACGAAGACGACGAGCAGACCGCAAAGCCGGAGCAGAUCAGGGCUUUCACCAAGCCCGUCAUUAUGUGGACCAUUGCUCUCGUGGUGAUGUCGUAUCACUCAAUGGCCUUUGGCUCGGUUCUCCCUAUUUACCUCCUCGACGAUCCAAGAAGGCCUCCACGCCAGCUUGACCUGAAGGGGGGUCUCGGCAUGACCCUGCAUGAAGUUGGGACGUACCUCGCCACCAGCAGCGUCAUGUCGUUGUUUUUCCAAGCGGUUGUAUUCCCGAUUUUCGUGGCGAAGUUGGGUGUCUGGAAGGCUGUCUUGUCCGUUACGCUUCUGAGCCCCUUUAUCCACACGCUGGUGCCAUUUGUCUCCCUCCUUUCAAAGCCCGGGGCGGGCAUUUACGCUGUGCUCGCAUUGCAAAGCUUCACGGGCGUCGUCUCCUUUCCAACCUUUUUGAUUCUGUUGAAGAACGCGACGCCCUCGCCGUCGGUACUAGGGAAGGUGAACGGGCUGGCCAUGUCAGCGUGCUCGGCUGCUAGAACAGUGGGACCACCACUCGUCGGCAUAUUCUACAGCAGCCUUGGCUCGGCAGGGGCUUGGUGGAGUUGUGCCCUCGUGGCCAUAGUUGGGGUUGUCCAGUUUUACUUCUCACCCCGGCCACGGGAUGACGAUGAGAAUAUAUUGCGGAGAGCGUCAACGGCUGCUGUCGAGGUCCCGCCCAUGGCUGAUGUGGCGCGGAACCGGGAGGAGUAA